AUGGAGGGUUUGAAGUUUGUCGCGAUAUUUUGUGUGUUGGGUUUGAGUGUUUGUGAUGAGGUUUGUCACACGGAGAGUGGGGACAAGCAGAUUGGUGACACAUGGGAGGAGGACUGCCAGAUGUGUAGAUGUCGUAGUUCGGAGGGUGCGGCAUCGGCAGAUUGUCAGCGUCCCCUUUGCUUUCCCCUCGAACGUGCUUGCAUCAAGUGGGAUGACAGUGGCUGCUGUCCGGUAUGUGUGGAAAAGGGUUGCAAACACGGAAACAAAACCUAUCCCAUCGGGUACGAGGAACGUCCAGAGCCGUGCACCACGUGCAUUUGUCAUGAAUGGGGUAGCUACCAGUGCAGCACACUGGCAUGUAUGGUAGCCGGGCCAGAAUGUCGACUAUCUCCUGAAGGAGAGAGUGUUUGCUGUGAAAUGAAAAAAAUUGAAGGAACUUGCUGUGGAUAUGAACAGAUUUGCCCACCAGGUACUCAUCUUAAAAAGUAA